AUGGCCGCAGAUAAACUACUUGGAUUUGCAAUGCUUUUCGUAGCAGCAUCGGUUUUCACUUACUAUACAGCUUGGGUAUUCGUAAUACCAUUUGUCAAUGAGGAUUCAUGCAUAAACAAGUUCUUUUUACCAAGAGACUAUGCUAUCAAAUUGCCAUUGUUGUUGCUCCUUAUUGCUGGUUUAGGAGUGGGUACAUUUAUUGGAAAAGUCUUGAUAAAGAACCAACAAAAGCAAAAGAGUAAGAAAAAAGCACAAUAA